AUGGUGGCGCUGCACGCGUCCGCGAGCGUCGCGUGGGCGGGCGAGGCGACGUACGCGGCGAGGCUGACGCCGACGCGCGCGGGCGCGGGGGCGAGCGGCGAGGUGGAGUUUUCGCUGGAGACGAACCGCGCGAACCAGGAGGUCGUGGUGGUGCGAGCGAACGUUCGAGGGUUGACGCCGGGGAAACACGGGAUCAACGUGCACGAGAAUGGGGACGUGAGCGGGUGCGACGACGCGGGCGCGUGCACGGGGAAGAGCUAUAAUCCCGAUAAGCGACCGCACCACGGACCGACGGCGUUGAAAAAGUUUGGCGCGAGCGCGUGCCACUUCGUGGGCGAUGGAUGCGUGCUGAACAGACACAUUGGAGAUCUAGGAAACAUCGUCGCGGACGAAAAUGGCGAUUCGACGACGAGUUUCAAGGAUUUGUACACGACGCUGAAGGCGGGUACGUCGAACUCCAUCGCGGGGCGUUCCGUCGUGAUCCGAGCGACAGCCGACGAUUUCGAGACGGAAGAAGAUGACGGCGGGGCCGGGCCGAUCGUUCUCUACGGUUCAAUCGUGCGAAAGUAG